AUGCGCCUCCGCGCCGCCGCCGCCGCCCUCUGCCUCUGCCUGCUGGGCGCCUGCCGCCUCCGCCGCGGGCCGCAGGCCGCCGCCGCUCCCCAGCGACCCCCGGCAGCCGCGCCUUCCUCCUCCUCCGCCUCCUCCUCCUCCUCCUCCUCCGCCGCCGCCGCCGCCUCCCCCUUCUCCUCCCCGCCGCGGAGGGACGGGGCGCUCCGCAACGGCACGGUGGUGCCGCACCGCUACAUGGUGACCCUUUACCAGCGCCUGGCCGCCCGACGAGGCGCUGCCGCCCGCCCCGUCGGCACCGUCACCGGCUUCGUGGAGCGGCUGCGGGGCGAUGCCUCCCCAUCCGCCCCCGAGCAGCGCUACUUCUUCGACAUCUCCAGCCUGCCCGAGGCAGAGGAGGUGACGGGCGCGGAGCUGCGGGUCCUACGCUCCCUCCCUGCAAACCGCAGCCUGGCCCUGUCCCCCGAAGGCACCUUCCACCACCUGCUCCUCUCCACCUGCUCUGGCCGGGCAGGCGAGGAGCCCAGGCUACUGGACUCCAGAGCGGCCGACGCUCUGGAUGCAGGCUCCAGAUGGGAGGUGUUUGACGUCUGGGAAGCGCUUCGAGACCGCAGGGAGAGGCCCCCAAAGGGUAAACUGCUGUGCUUCGUGCUGAGGGUGGUGUCGGAUCGCUCGGGCCGUCUCCUGCCCCCUCGGCAGCUGGGAUUCGGCAAACCCCAUCCGCAGCCCCACGAACGAGCACUGCUCGUGGCCUUCUCUCGCACCCAGAGGAAGGAGAACCUCUUCAAGGAGAUCCGGGAGAGGAUGAAGGUGCUGGGCGGCCCCCCCUUGCUGGAACCCCCUGAUCCCGGCCGGGAGGCGUACCCCAAGCGGAGGAAGAGGAGGACCACCAUCGCUGCCCGCUCCGGGGGCAAAGGCCAUGGGAAGAAGGCGAAGACGCGCUGCAGCAGGAAACCCCUACACGUCAACUUCAAGGAGCUGGGUUGGGAUGACUGGAUCAUCGCCCCGUUGGAUUACGAGGCGUAUCACUGCGAGGGGGUCUGCGACUUCCCCCUGCGCUCCCACCUGGAGCCCACCAACCACGCCAUCAUCCAGACCCUGAUGAACUCCAUGGAUCCGGAAUCCACCCCCCCCAGCUGCUGCGUGCCCUCCAAGCUCAGCCCCAUCAGCAUCCUCUAUAUAGACUCCGGGAACAACGUGGUGUACAAACAGUACGAGGACAUGGUGGUGGAGACGUGCGGCUGCAGGUAGCAAUUUCUGCAGCUCUU